AUGUUGCAUCGCAUUUUUUACGUGACAAUUUCUCUAUUCUUAAUUCGACAAAAAUACUACUUUGCAUGGGGUUUAGCUGAAGUCAAUGGAGUGGCUGUUGGUGCUGGUUAUACUGGCCAAUGUCCACGUACAGGUGCUACAUUAAAUCAUAACAUUCGCAAUUUUGAUUUCCUUAAAGUUGAAACUGGUAUUAGUUUAAAACAUGUUAUCGAUGCAUGGAAUAUCUCAACUACACGGUGGCUACGUGAAACAUUUUAUGAUCGUCUUCCAUCAGCUUAUCGUACAAUCCUUGUCUUUAUUAUAAGCGCUUUUUGGCAUGGUUUUUAUCCUGGCUAUUAUAUUAUGUUUUUAUCGUUUGCUUUAUUCACUAUGACCUCACGUCUAUGGCAUCGUCACUGUCGUCAAUAUUUCCGUAGAAAUUAUCUCUCCAGUCAACUCUAUAGUGUAUUUACCAUGAUCAUUACUAAUUUAAUUGUGAAUUAUGGUCAAGCACCAUUUCACCUACUAGAUUUCUAUUCGUCAUUGAAAUUUUUACGUGUAUUCUAUUUUAUACCGCAUUUAAUUGCUGUCGGUAUUUUGUCUAUCUAUUUUUUCAAAGUAUACAUUAUGAAAUUAUCACUUAAGUAUCAGGUUGAUAUUAAAAGGUUUGAUUAUGAUAAAAGUAAUGAUGAUAAAUGUCGAAAAUUAUCAAUUUCUUCAAAUCAUGAUUGCGGUAUUGGUGGCCAUUAA